AUGGCGAAAUUGAGUCUGCCAACGGAAUUUGGAGGAAGCCGUAAAAAAUCGCAGAGGGUGCAUCAGGCCGCACCAAUCGACCAAACCACAGUCCGUGAGAAGUCACCACAUUUCCUCAAUUACUGGGAUUAUAAGGAGCAGAACGGCGACUACCUCUUGUAUACUUCAUGGUAUCACAACUACACGAUCGAACUGGAAGCCUAUGAAGAGGAGCUACAUAAAAAAUAUCAUCCUUGCGGACUUCUUCAGGAACACCAGAAUGUGAGGAAGGCAUUUGCUGAAUUAUGCAGCCCGGAAGCGAGCAGUGCUUUUCCGUACAAAACCGACGAAGAAUGGAGUGACUUUUACGAAUCGUAUUGUAUAGCUUUUGAAAAACGCCUUUCCAAAGAUUUUUCAAGAUAUCAACAGAAGUCAAAAAAGCUUCGACGACUUGAAUUCGGGCGAAAGUUGAAACGAAUAGGUUUCGUGUAUGAACUGAAACAACAGGAUAUGGAAGAAGAAGUGGAGAGAGUGGAGGAAGAUGAGGAAAUGAUGGAGGCUGAGGAGGAGGUAGGGGAGAAGGGAAAGGAGCAUGAGAGGCAGGAAUAUGGAAAUGAGGACGAACAGAGCAGCGCUGAUGACACGUGCAGUGGUGAUAACGAUGCAUCUUCUAAGUGGCCCAGUAAUUGCAAAAUUGAGGACAUCAUGUACGAUAUUCGGAUUCCGAAACGAUAUUUCGAUGUCAGAAGUAGGACGCUGCAGCUCAGAAGCGAGGAGCAAGCAAUGCAAAUGCUCCACUCCGACAGUGUCGUUGUAUGCAUUUCAUACUUCUUAUGA